AUGCACACCAUCUGCCGACAGGGGGCGGUCACUCACCAGCCAGGUCAUGUUCCGGUCAUCAGCGGGAGGAGCGUCCAGGCGGCCCCGCUCCUCGCGCCGAGGAGCGCCGUGCUCGUGGAGGCUGUGCGGGGCCGAAAAUCCCGCACCGACCCGGUGGCCAAGUCCAAAGUGGGGCGGAUUAAAGUGCCUCCCCCCGUGGAUCCGGUGGAGAUGCUGGUCCUCAAGGAGAGAUACUCAGAGUACGAGCUGAUCAUGAGGGCGCUCCGCCUGGAGUUCAAGGAGGAGGUGCUGCGUAAGAAGUACGAGGAGGAGACGGGCUCGCAGGCGGAGGAGAGGGCGAGGCAGGAGGAGGAGGAGCAUCGCGCCCUGAUCAACUGGAAUGAUCAGGAGAACCUCCGGAUGCUGAAAGCCAGGAUAUUAAGGGUCCAGAAGGAAGAGGAGGAAGCUGAGAGAAAGAAAAUGGAAGCCGCCAUUCAGCGCGAACAGCAACUAGAGGAGUCCAUUAGACUCAGAGAAAAAGAGAUUUUGCAGCUGCAGGAGGAGGCCAAGAACUUUAUCACCUUGGAGAACCUGGAUCAGCGAAUCGAGGACGCGCUGGACAACCCGAAGAAUUACAACUUUGCCGUUGACAAAGAGGGCAAAGUGGUCAAAAGGACAGUGCUGCAGUGAAACGGCUGAUUCCAUACGAGCGUGCAGGUUUUUUUUUUUUUUUUUUUA